UGUGAGCGGACCCCAGGCUGGCCACAAAGCGCACCGCAGCUUGGCCCGGGGGCUAGAAGAGGGAGGGAAGAGCGCGGCCACCCGCCUCGGCGGCCCGGGACUCGGCUCGACUCGCCGGAGAAUGCGCCCGAGGACGCCGGAGCGCCGGAGCCGCGGGGGUUUCAGCUGGCGAGCGCUAAUGGGGGUGCGCUGGAGUAAGGCAGAGUGAUGCGGGGGGGCAACUCGCCCGGCACCGAGAUCGCCGCUGCGCCCUUCCCCGGACCCGGCGUCUCCCAGGAUGGCUGCCCCGAGCCAUGGGCCGCGGCGGAGCUAGCGCGGAGCGCCCGACCCUCGCCCCCCGAGUCCCGCAGUCGGCCCCGCGCGUGGCCACGCGUCCGGCGGGCGCUGGUUCCUAAGGACAACGACAGCACCAGCUUUUCCUUUCUCCCUUCACUUCCCUGCCCCGCACUCCUCCCCCUGCUCGCUGUUGUUGUGUGUCAGCACUUGGCCGGAGACUUCUUGAACUUGCAGGGAGAAUAGUUUGCGCUCCCCACUUCGCGCCGGUGCCUUUGCCCCAGCGGACCCAGCCUCACCGCCUCCGGACCCCGCGCCCCUCCACUCCUCCGCUGGGCCAGACCCCGAGACGCCGUUCCCUGCGUGAGGAGAAGGACGGCCCCGCCGACACCCGGGAGGAGGAGGAGGCAAAAGAAGGGAACCCGGUCCCUGCGCCAGGUCCUUGGACCAGAGCUUUUUCCAUGUGGAGGCUCUUUCAAUGGACGUGUCCCCGCGUGCUUCUUAGACGGUCUGCGGUCUCCUAAAGGUCGACCAUGGUGGCCGGGACCCGCUGUCUUCUAGCGUUGCUGCUUCCCCAGGUCCUCCUGGGCGGCGCGGCCGGUCUCAUUCCCGAGCUGGGCCGGAGGAAGUUCGCGGCAUCCCCUGGCCGCUCCUCAUCCCAGCCCUCGGACGAAGUCCUGAGCGAGUUCGAGUUGCGGCUGCUCAGCAUGUUCGGCCUGAAGCGGAGACCCACCCCCAGCAGGGACGCCGUGGUGCCCCCCUACAUGUUGGACCUCUACCACCGGCACUCGGGCCAGCCGGGCGCACCCGCCCCGGACCACCGGCUGGAGCGGGCAGCCAGCCUCGCCAACACCGUGCGCAGCUUCCACCACGAAGAAUCUUUGGAAGAACUGCCAGAAAUGAGUGGAAAAACAACCCGGAGAUUCUUCUUUAAUUUAACUUCUAUCCCUACCGACGAGUUUAUCACCUCAGCAGAACUUCAGGUUUUUCGGGAACAGAUGCAGGAAACUUUGGAAAACAAUAGCAGUUUCCAUCACCGAAUUAAUAUUUAUGAAAUUAUUAAACCUGCGGCAGCCAACUUGAAGUUCCCCGUGACCAGACUUUUGGACACCAGGUUGGUGAAUCAGAACACAAGCAGGUGGGAGAGCUUUGAUGUCACCCCUGCUGUGAUGAGGUGGACGGCACAGGGCCUCGCCAACCAUGGAUUUGUGGUGGAAGUGACCCACUUGGAGGAGAACCAAGGUGUCUCCAAGAGACACGUCAGGAUUAGCAGGUCUUUGCACCAAGAUGAGCACAGCUGGUCACAGAUCAGGCCACUGCUAGUAACGUUUGGCCACGAUGGGAAAGGACACCCCCUCCACAAAAGAGAAAAGCGCCAAGCAAAACACAAACAGCGCAAACGCCUUAAGUCCAGCUGUAAGAGACACCCUUUGUACGUGGACUUCAGUGAUGUGGGGUGGAAUGACUGGAUCGUAGCACCCCCGGGGUACCAUGCCUUUUAUUGUCAUGGGGAAUGCCCUUUUCCCCUGGCAGAUCACCUGAACUCCACUAAUCAUGCCAUUGUUCAGACGUUGGUCAACUCCGUUAAUUCUAAGAUUCCCAAGGCGUGCUGUGUACCAACGGAACUCAGUGCUAUCUCCAUGCUGUACCUUGAUGAAAACGAAAAGGUCGUAUUAAAGAACUAUCAGGACAUGGUUGUGGAGGGUUGUGGGUGUCGUUAGCACAGCAAAAUGAAAUAAAUAAAUAUAUAUAUAUUUUAGAAAAAAGCAAAAAAAAAAAAAACCCAAGUUGACACUUUAAUAUUUCCCAAUGAAGACUUUAUUUAUGGAAUGGAA